AUGCUGAAAUCUGUGGUCUUCCGCUAUUUCCCUAGGCCAUUUCCUAGCUUGAGCAUUGCCUGUAAAUCCACAAUUGAUUACUCUCGAGUUCCGCGGAUCCUUGAUGAAGAUGUCGAGGUAAGCUUUGUCAGAGGAAGCGGCCCUGGAGGACAAGCAGUAAAUAAGACCUCCAAUUGCUGUGUCUUGCGCCACAAACCGACGGGGAUUGUUGUUAAAUGCCACAUUCAUCGAUCCGCGAGUCAGAAUCGCAAGGAAGCUCGUGAGAUUCUCACCCGGAAAGUCGACAACCUGAUAAAUGGAGAAUUUUCAGUGGAAAAUCAAGAAAAAUCUUUGGAGCGACAGAAAAGCCGGGAAUCUGAUCGCCGACGGAAGAAAUUGCAGGAACUCAAGAGGCUAUGGAAAGAGCGAGAACAGCCAGAUUAGCUCUACAAAUAAGUUUAUUUUGUAGUUUUACCAUGAACUAAAGUCGCCAAACUCGU